GAACGUCCAUCAUUUAUGAGCGAAUACAGCAUAGGAGUCCGAGUGUGGAUCGCGGAUAAGACUGAGGGGUGGAUUGGUGCUGAAGUCACAGCUCACAGCGGAGAUGAAAUAACAUUCAAAGAUGAGCGUGGUACUGAAAUCAUCAAGAAAUCAUCAGCCAAUGAUCUUCCUUUGCUGCGAAACCCGGUAUUGCUUGAAGGUACAGAUGAUCUCGUCAAUCUCUCAUAUCUUAAUGAGCCAGCUGUCCUUUAUUCUAUCAAGCGUCGCUAUGCUCAACACUCUAUCUAUACCUACUCUGGAAUAGUUCUUAUAGCAGUAAAUCCUUUCGCAAAACUCUCAAUUUAUGGCCCUGCAAUCAUGCAGGCUUACUCUACGCGCAGGCGCGGUGAGCUGGAACCUCACAUUUACGCAAUAGCGCAGGAUGCACACGCAUCUAUGACUAGAGAGAAUAAGAAUCAAACUAUGGUUGUCUCUGGUGAAUCCGGUGCUGGUAAAACUGUCUCUGCUAGGCAUAUUAUGCAAUACCUCGCUUUCUUAGGACAAGACGGUACAGGUAGUGCUUCUACAGGUACAGAUGCUAGCAUUCUUGCUACCAAUCCAGUCAUGGAAGCGUUCGGUAAUGCUAAAACCAUACGGAAUAACAACUCUAGUAGAUUCGGUAGAUAUCUCAAGAUUCUUUUCGAUAAACAAUGUAAUAUCAUCGGUGCCCAAACUAGUAUAUACCUCUUAGAAAGAUCUAGACUUAUCUUUCAACCGGAAGGUGAAAGAAAUUACCAUAUUUUCCAUCAACUCUGCGCUGGUGUUCCUCCAAAAGAGAGAGCUGAAUUGCAUUUGGGGUCAAGCAACGACUUCCAUUACCUCAAUCAAGGUGGUUCAGCUUCCAUUCCUGGUAUCGACGAUGGCGCUGAGUUUGAAGUUACCCAAAAAGCCUUAUCUACUUUAGGUAUAGGAGUCGAAAAACAAUGGAACAUUUUUAAGCUUUUGGCUUCUCUUUUACACCUUGGUAAUGUAAAAAUUGGUCAAACUAGAAAUGAUGCUGUUCUUAAUGAAGAUGAUGAAGCUUUUAAGAUCGCAACUGAAUUUUUGGGUAUUAAUCCAUCCGAUUUCAAAAAGUGGACAGUUAAGAAACAAAUCACUACACGUGGAGAAUCAAUCGUCAGCUCAUUGAAUGCUGCACAAGCUAGUGUUGUAAGAGAUUCGGUUGCUAAGUACAUUUACGCAUGCCUUUUCGAUUGGCUUGUUGCUGUACUAAAUGAAGCUUUAUACAAGGAGAGUGAUGCUUCCAAAUUCAAUAGCUUCAUUGGUGUUUUGGAUAUUUAUGGUUUCGAACAUUUCAAGCGUAAUUCCUUUGAACAAUUCUGUAUCAAUUAUGCAAAUGAGAAGUUACAACAGGAGUUCAAUGCACAUGUCUUUAAAUUAGAGCAAGAUGAAUAUAUCAAAGAACAAAUUCGUUGGGAAUUCAUUUCUUUCUCAGAUAACAGACCAACUAUUGACAUGAUAGAAGGAAAGCUUGGUAUUCUCUCCCUUUUAGAUGAAGAAUCUAGGAUGCCAUCUGGAACUGAUCAGAAUUUCCUUGAGAAACUUCAUUCACAACUUGGAAAACCACAAUAUAAAGACAUAUAUAAAAAGCCAAGAUUUGGAAACACAGCUUUCACUGUUGCUCACUAUGCUCAUGAUGUUGCUUACGAAGCUGAAGGUUUCCUUGAGAAAAAUCGUGACACUGUUCCUGAUGAGCAUCUUCAACUUCUAGGUAGCUCAUCAAACUCCUUCUUGCGCGAAGUUAUCGAAAUUGCGGUAGCUUCAAAUGCAGCUGCUACACCCGCUUCAUCUACAGCCUCAAAUAAUGUUGGAGUUGGUCGCCGUCAAAACCUAAAGAAACCAACACUUGGAUCAAUCUUCAAGGGCUCUUUGAUAUCUCUUAUGGAUACCAUAAAUGACACUAACGCACAUUAUAUACGUUGUAUUAAGCCAAACGAGCAAAAGAAAGCCUGGGAUAUUGAUUCACAACAGGUUCUUUCACAACUUCGUGCAUGUGGUGUCCUUGAAACCAUUAAGAUUUCUAGCGCAGGUUAUCCAACUAGAUGGUCAUUUGCGGAAUUCACUGAUCGUUAUUACCCACUCGUUGGAUCAGAACAUUGGUUAGGCGAUAUGAAAGAACUCUGUCUUCAAAUUUUGCAAGUCAACAUAUCAGAUGAAGAUAAAUAUCAAAUUGGUCUUUCCAAGAUUUUCUUCAGAGCUGGAAUGUUAGCUUACCUUGAAAAAUUACGUGCUGACCGUCUCAACACUUUGGUCACCUUGAUACAAAAGAAUAUUUUAAGAUAUUUGCACGUUAAGCACUACAAAAAGCUUCGUGAAGCUACAGUAUCUAUUCAAACCUGGUGGAGAAAGAUAUUAGCAAUUAGAUACGUCGAAAACCUCCGUCGUGAUACCAUUAUUUUCAGAUUACAAAGCGCUGGUCGUAGGAAAUUGGCGGUUGCAAAAUUCCAAAAUAUCCGUAGAAGUGUCAUCAUGACACAAGCGCAAAUUCGUGGUAUGCAAGCAAGAGUUGGUUUCGCGGACUUUAAAUAUAGAUCAUCUGCUCUCAAUUUGCAACGUAUCGCACGAGGAGUGCUUGCACGUCGUCAACACGAAACAUCAUUGCGUGGUGUAAUUCACUUGCAAGCAUGUUAUAGACGUAGAUUAGCACGCAAGGAAUUCAAGCAACUCAAGAGUGAAGCUCGAUCGGUUGCUCAUAUUCAAGAAGUCUCAUACAAACUUGAGAACAAAGUUGUUGAGCUCACUCAAAAUCUUCAAAAGACUCGUGAAGAAAAGAAAGAACUCACUCGUCGCUGUAACCAACUUGAAAAACAAAUGGGUAAUAUGCAAACUCGUCAUGACGAUGCAGAUCAAAGGAUGAAGGAAAUGAUGGUUGAGUUAGCUAAACCAACAGUUGCACUUACAGACUUUAAUGAGCUUGAGGCUUUGAAACGUGAUCUUCAAACCCAAGUAUCAACACUUAAGAUUGAUAUUCAAGAGCGUGAUAAACAAAUCCAACAGCAUAAGGAUGAGUUAGGUACACAAGCUCAAGAAAUUGAGAGUAAGAGCGCCCAAGCAGCUGAGGCUUCAGCACGAGCAGCAGAUGAGACUCUUGUGAAUCAACUUAAAGCAGAGAUUGGUAGCCUUAAAGAUCAACUUCAUCGUGCAAAUACACUCAAUGCUCUCGAACAUGGUUCUACUAAAGCUAAGCAAAUUACAGCACCAACUUUCUCCAUGCACCUUGGUAAAUCUAAUGAGAACGUUGCUGCGCUUGUCAAUGGUGCUGGCAGCCCUGUUGAAGGCGAUGCCUCUGAUGCUCUCGAGGCUUUGGGAUUACCUCCAAACAAACGUCGUCAACGAAGACAUUCUGCAAAUGGUGCAUUCUUGGAGCAAAACGGUUUGGGACGUGAUACAUCUGAUGAAGCCUUCGCUGCUGGUAAACGUAGUGAAGCUGCACCACGUGCCGUAUCUCUUGCUUACCCAACCACCGAUAAUGCUAGCAAAUUAAGGGGAUUAAAUGGACGUGCGUACUUCCCAGAAGUCCUUGAUGAUCCAUCCGAGGAAAUGAUUAAGCUACUUGAAGACGAACAGAGCAUUGACGAUGAUAUUUUAACAACAAUGAUUCACGAGCUUAAAGCACCACCACCAAGCUUGCAAAAUCCACCUUCCGCUAAAGAGGUUCUUUUCCCAGCUCAUAUUAUGUCCCUUGUCACGAACGAAAUGUGGAAAUAUUGCCUAAUUAUGGAAAGUGAAAGAUUAUUGGCAAACGUAAUGCAAACGAUUCAACAACACGUCAUGAGCUUCCAAGGAGAAGACGCCAUUGUUCCAGGACUCUUUUGGUUGUCUAACGUGCAUGAAGUCUGGUCAUUUGUAUGUGUAACUGAAGAUGAUAUGCUCCAAGGUAUCGUACCAGGUGGUGACGACCCAGAUCGUCCACUUGACUGGCCAGCUUAUGAACAACUCAUCACUGUUGUCAAGCAUGACCUUGAAAGUUUGGAAUACAACAUCUACUUUGCAUUCAUGGAAGAAACUAAGAAGAAGUUGCGCAAGAUGAUUGUCCCAGCCCUCAUUGAAUCACAAUCAUUACCUGGUUUCAUUACAUCUGACACUGGUGGUAGACUCUUCAAUAGAUUAUUGCAAGGCAAUUCACAACCAGCUUAUAAUAUGGAUGAUAUUCUCAACUUACUUAAUAAGGUAUGGAAGUGCCUUAAAUCUUAUCGUCUCGAUGAGCCAGUUGUUCUUCAAGUGAUGACCGAAUUGUUGCGUUUGAUUGGUAAUGUCGGUUUCAACGAUUUACUGAUGAGACGCAACUUCAACUCUUGGAAGCGUGCCAUGCAAAUUCAAUACAACUUGACAAGAUUGGAAGAAUGGUGCAAGAGCCAUGAUUUGCCUGAGGGAUGCUUACAUUUGGAAUAUAUGAUGCAAGCGACUAAGCUACUUCAAUUGAAGAAGGCAACUACUCAAGAUAUGGAAAUUAUAUUUGAUGUUUGCUGGAUCCUUUCACCAUCACAACUUCAUAAGCUCAUCACUGGCUAUAUGAUUGCUGACUAUGAAAGCCCUCUGUCGCCGCACGUUUUGCAAACAGUAAGUGCAAGACUUUCAAGCGACAGAAAUGAUCAUUUGUUACUCGCUGAAGAAGAAGGUUCGAACUUUGAGUUACCACAACCUAGACAAGUUAUUGGCUUAGAUCUCUAUAUUCCUGGAACAGUGAGCGUACCACAUUUGCGCCGUAUUGCUGGUCUAGCCGCCUAGAGGGACUUAAAAGAUUCAUCCCAUUUUAAUUUCUGAUGAUAUGUGUAUAUGCAAGAGGAUUUGUGUUUAAAAUACUAAUGAAUUUC